GCUGGGAGGAACCGGGAAAAUUCGGGAAUGGGAGCUGGGAGGAACCGGGAAAAUUCGGGAAUGGGAGCCAGGAAUGGCCGGGGAAAUACAGGAAUGGGAGCCGGGAGGAAGAGGGAAAAUUCGGGAAUGGGAUCCCGGGAAAAUUCGGGAAUGGGAUCUGAAAAGAAGCAGGAAAAUUCGGGAAUGGGAGCUGGGAGGAACUGGGAAAAUUCGGAAAUGGGAUCCCUGGAAAAUUUGGGAAUGGGAGCUGGGAGGAACCGGGAAAAUUCGGGAAUGGGAGCCGGGAAUGGCCGGGAGAAUCUGGGAAUGGGAUCACUGGAAAAUUCGGGAAUGGGAGCUGGGAAUGGCCGGGGAAAUACGGGAAUGGCAUCUGGGAGGAACCGGGAAAAUUCGGGAAUGGGAUCCCUGGAAAAUUUGGGAAUGGGAGCCGGGAGGAACCGGGAAAAUUCGGGAAUGGGAUCCCUGGAAAAUUUGGGAAUGGGAGCCGGGAGGAACCGGGAAAAUUCGGGAAUGGGAUCCCUGGAAAAUUUGGGAAUGGGAUCCCUGGAAAAUUCGGGAAUGGGAUCUGGGAGGAGCUGGAAAAUUCGGGAAUGGGAUCCCUGGAAAAUUCGGGAAUGGGAUCUGGGAAUGGCCGGGGAAAUUCGGGAAUGGGAGCUGGGAAUGGCCGGGAAAAUCUGGGAAUGGGGCUCGGGAGGAAACGGAAAAAUUCAGGAAUGGGAUGCCGGGAAAAUUCGGGAAUGGGAUCUGGGAAGAACCGGAAAAAUUCGGGAAUGGGAUCACUGGAAAAUUCGGGAAUGGGAUCUGGGAGGAAAUGGGAAAAUUUGGGAAUGGGAUCCCUGGAAAAUUCGGGAAUGGGAUCCCUGGAAAAUUCGGGAAUGGGAUCCGGGAGGAACCGGAAAAAGUUGGGAAUGGGAUCCGGGAAUGACCGGGAAAAUUCGGGAAUGGGGCCUGGGAGGGGCCGGGGCUCGUGGGGCAGCGAGAGGAUCCGCGGAAUUCCGCACGGAGACGAGGGAACAUCGCACGGAAAUGCUGGAAUUUCACACGGAGAUGAGGGAAUUUCACUCAGAAAUGUUGGAAUUCUGCACAAAAACGAGGGAAUUUUGCACGGGACCAGCGGGAUUUCAGGCGGAAGCGAAGGAAUUGGGGGAAUUUCGCCCGAAAACGAGGGAAUCCUGCACGGAACCGAGGGGAUUGUGCACAGAACCGGCAGAAUUUUGCGUGAAAAUGAGAGAAUUUUGCACAGAACCGGCAGAAUCUUGCACGAAAACGAGAGAAUUUUGACCAGAAUCGGAAUUUCACACGAGAAUGAGGGAAUUUUGACGGGAACUGCUGGAAUUUCACACGAGAACGAGGGAAUUUCGCACAGAACCGGCAGGAUUUCGCAUGAAAACAAGGGAAUUUUAACUGGAAUCGGCGGGAUUUCACAUGGAAGUUCGGAAAUUUUGACCAGAACCGGCAGGAUUCGGGACGGAACCGAGGGAAUUUUGACUGGAACCGGCGGAAUUCUGCAUGAAAACGAGGGAAUUCCAACCGGGAUCAGAGGAAUUCCACACAAAACAAUUCCGCAAAGCACCUCGGGGAUCUCGCAGGAAAAUUCGGGAAUUUUGACCAGAACCGUCAGGAUUCGGGACGGAACCGAGGGAAUUCUGACCGGAACCGGUGGAAUUCCUCACGAAAAUGAGAGAAUUCCAACCAGGAUCAGAGGAAUUCCGCACAGAACCUCGGGGAUCUCGCAGGAAAAUUCGGGAAUUUUGACUGGAACCGGCAGGAUUCAGGAUGGAACCGAGGGAAUUCUGCGCAGAACUGCCGGAAUCCCGGACGGAACCUCGGGGGUUUUGAGCAGAACCGGCAGAAUUCCGCAGGAAAAGCCGGGAAUUUCGGCCAGGAUUUCAGGCAGGAUGGCGAACCCGGGCAGAGCGCCCCGCCCCCCGCGGGCAGGCCCCGCCCCCGGCCCCGCCCCCGGCCCCGCCCCGGGCGCACCUGGGGCGCAGGUGAGCCCGGCCAAGGUGUUCGUGUGCCACUGCGGGAAGGCGUUCUCGCACCGCAGCAUGCGGCAGCGGCACGUCAACAUGCACCUGGGGCUGCGGCCCUUCGGCUGCGCGCUGUGCCGCAAGCGCUUCAAGAUGAAACAUCACCUGGCGGAGCACAUGAAAACGCACACCGGGCUGCGGCCCUACACCUGCGGCACCUGCCAGCGUGCCUUCAUGUGGCGGGACAGCUUCAUGAGACACCGGGGCACCUGCGCGGGGACAGCCGGCACACCUGAGUGACACCUGAGUGACACCUGUCACACCUGGGCACAGGUACUGUCACACCUGUCACACCUGCGGCACCUGCCAGCGCGCCUUCAUGUGGCGGGACAGCUUCGUCAGGCACCGCGGAACCUGCGCGGGGACAGCCGGCACACCUGAGUGACACCUGACACACCUGAGUGACACCUGACACACCUGGGCACAGGUACUGUCACACCUGUCACACCUGCGGCACCUGCCAGCGCGCCUUCAUGUGGCGGGACAGCUUCGUGAGACACCGCGGAACCUGCGCGGGGACAGCCGGCACACCUGAGUGACACCUGAGUGACACCUGACACACCUGAGUGGCACACCUGUCACACCUGACACACCUGAGUGACACCUGAGUGA